AUGUGGACUGAGGCUCAGCAGUACUGCAGACAGUUUUACGAUGAUUUGGCAGCCUUUGAAAGCCAGGACGACAUAGAUGAGUUAGACAGACCGAGUUUCAUUGGGGGGUAUGCGUGGAUCGGGCUGUGGGAUGAUCCCGAAGCCUGGAACGGAACUAUGGGUAAUGGUUCAAACUCCUGGAGAUGGUCUGGAGCUGAAUCAACAAGUACAACUGGCUACCACUACAUGCACAUAGAAAGAGUAGAUAAUUGGGAAGCGUAUGAACACUGUAUGGCCACAGAUGAUGUUGGACGAUGGCUUGAUGUGUUCUGCUGGGACACCUUUGAUUUCCUGUGUUACACUGCGCAAGGUGACCAGAAGACAUACACCCUAAUUGAAGAAAAGAAAAAAUGGGAGGAUGCACAGUCUUACUGCAGAAUAAACUACACAGACCUGGCUAUGAUUGAGAAUGAACAGGAAAACAAAAAAGUGCUGUCUCUGAUAACGGGACAUAAAGUGUGGAUUGGUUUGUAUCGAGAAGCUUGGAUGUGGUCUGAUGGGAGUAGCAAGUCCUUCUGGAAGUGGAGAACACAGCAACCAGACAACGCAAACUUUUCUCAGAGCUGUGUAGCGGAGUAUCCAGACCAUGACUGGGAUGAUAGACCUUGCCAAUCGGAGAUUCCUUUUAUCUGCCAGGGAGCUCCAAAGGUGAAGCAGAGGACUGUUGUGAAGUUAACUAUUCAGACGUUGGCUAACCUCUCAGACCCAGAAACCCAUGCCCAGCUCCUGAAGCAGAUGGAGGCACAUCUGCAGGACAAGAUUUCGUUGACUGACCUUAAACUGAUGUUGCAUGUAGUCCAUAUGUUCAAGAAAGCCAGCGUGGAUCCAUAAAAAAAUUCAGCUUGAUGACUGACAGAACAUAAAGCAA